AUGGGGAAUACGGAGAGCAAUGUUACCAGCGGCGUGAAGAAGCAGGCCGGAGUCUCCACCCAGGCUCUGUACAAGUUCGUGAACCUCAAGGGCGGCGGACUCCUCGUGGACAUGAUGAAAAGAGCCUGCCAGACCAAGCAGUUCGCCGAGAUCGAUCACGCCAUCAAGACCAAGGUGGAGCCCUUUAUGUACAACAAGGGCGCUGGGCGGUACUUCCCCAUCUCGAAGCUCGUCCUGCUGCGCAAUCGGGAUCGCCCCCGCACCCGCCAGCUGCCCGAGAUCCGUGCCCUCGAGAAUCCGGACGACGACUUCAACAUCCACGACUACUGCCCCGAGGUUUCGGAGGCCGAGUACAUCUCCAAUCCCACGGCCUAUCGAUUCGUCUGCUGGGAUCUGAAUAUGCGUGGCGCUGUGGGCGAGACCAUUCUGCACUUGUGCCUGCUAAAUGCAUCUUCCCUGCACGCCGAUCUCGCCAAGAGAUUGCUCAAGUUCUACCCGAAACUCAUCCUGGACAUUUACAUGAGCGACGAGUACUACGGCGAGAGUGUGCUGCACAUUGCCAUCGUCAACGAAGACCCGGCCAUGGUGAAGUAUCUGCUGGACGCCAACGCAGAUGUUCAAGAGCGUUGCUGUGGCGCUUUUAUGUCGGCGGAGGAUACAAAGUUUUCGCGGACGGACUCGCCGGAUCACGAGUAUGUGGCCCUCUGUCCCAUGACCAACUACGAUGGCUAUGUUUACUGGGGAGAGUAUCCAUUGAGUUUUGCCGCUUGCCUGUCGCAGGAGGAGUGCUUCCGAUUGGUUUUGGCCAGAGGAGCCGAUCCCGACUUCCAGGACACCAACGGCAACACCGUGCUCCACAUGCUGGUCAUCUACGAGAAGAUCGAAAUGUUCGAUGUGGGCUACGAGGUUGGAACCAACAUCCACAUUAAGAACAUUCAGAAUCUCACGCCGCUUACGUUGGCCGCCAAGUUGGGCAGAGUGGAGAUGUUCUUCCACGUGAUGAGCAUCGAGCGGGAGAUCUACUGGCAACUGGGCAGCAUCACCUGUGCCGCAUAUCCGCUGCUGAUGAUAGACACUAUUAACGAGGAAACCGGCAACAUCAACAAGGACUCCGUGCUCAACUUUGUGGUGUUUGGCGAUAAGUUGGAGCACUUGGAGCUGCUGGAUGGCGUGGUCAUAGAUCUGCUGAAGACCAAAUGGGACACGUUCUGCAAGUCGCGGUUCUACAAGCAGUUCUACAUGUUCGCCCUCUACUUCCUCAUCUCGCUGUUCAGUUUCAUCCUGCGGCCAGGGCCGGAUGCCAAGGACGAGGACGAGGAUGGCGCCAAUAGCACCACGGCUAAAAGUGAUCUGUACAGGCAAAAUGCAUCGCAUUCGUAUCAUGAGCACAGCAAGAGGGCCACAAUGACUACCGAAUACAAAACAUUUUGGCUCAACUUUACUGAGUACUACGAUCCGUCGGAGGUUGAGGUCCUGCCCGCUUGGUGGGAGAGCUACGCGCAGUGUCCUUUGAUGAACCUCGAAUCCGACUUGGCCAAGCUGCGUAUUAUGGCGGAACUGUUGAACUUUGUGGGCGCUAUACUCUAUCUGUUGGUCGCCUUGCGGGAGGCUCGCUUCCUGGGCCUUAAAAUGUUCAUUGAGAACUUGAUGACGGCACCUUCGCGUGUAAUGUUUCUGUUUUCCUGCGCCUUGAUGAUGACCAUUCCAUGGCUAAGGGCUUCCUGUCUCACCGAAAUCGAUGAUCACGUCACCGUUGUGAUAAUGCUAACCACUGCUCCCUACUUUCUAUUCUUUUGUCGCGGCUUCAAAACAGUCGGUCCUUUCGUAGUGAUGAUAUACCGGAUGGUCAUGGGAGACUUACUCCGAUUCGUGUCCAUCUAUUUGGUGUUCGUGAUGGGUUUCUCCCAGGCAUUUUACAUCAUUUUCCUGACCUUCGACAACCCAUCGUCGCCCGAGGAUCAGGACGCGGAGUCCAACCCCAUGCCCUCGCCCAUGGAAUCGAUAGUGGCCAUGUUCCUCAUGUCGCUAACUAAUUUCGGUGACUACUACGGAGCGAUGGUGUCCACGCAGCACGAGUACGAGGCGAAGAUCCUGUUCUUCCUGUUCAUGGUGAUCGUGAGUGUGCUGCUGGUGAACAUGUUGAUCGCCAUGAUGGGUAACACCUAUCAGAAGAUCGCCGAGAUCCGGAACGAGUGGCAGCGCCAGUGGGCCAGGAUCGUCCUGGUCGUGGAGCGCAGUGUUCCACCCGCCGAGCGCCUGAAGAACUUCAUGCAGUACAGUCAGUCGAUGUCGGAUGGCCGGAGGGCACUGGUCCUGCGCUUGAACAUGACUGAGGAGGAGAAGGAGGAGAUGAAGGAGGUGCAGGAGAUGAAGCGCAUCCAUCAGCGGUUCGCCAAGAAGCGGCAAGUGGAGCGCGAAGCCCGCGCCCUUCGACGUCAGCAGGAGUACGAGAAGUUCUUCGGCACCGCCCCCAAAUCGGAAAGUUCCGAUAAUAACAACUUUUGAGGAUCCAUUUUAGCAGACCAGAGUCACUUACUUAGUUCAAGUUUUA